AUGGAAGAAUUCAUGAAUCUGACUCAGGAAUUGUUGACAGUGUGGCAGUACGCUGCCAAAUUCUUGGAGCUAUCCCGAUUCACUCAAUUCGUGAUACCGGAUGAAGUGAAGAAGGCCUAUAAGUUUCAUAGGGGUCUGAGGAAGGAGAUCCGAAACAGUGGAGCCUCGCUGCAGCUAUAUAGAGGGAAUACUCUAACACAGGGUGGUGGUCAGCAAGGGGGUACGGCCCAGGCUAGGGUGUACUCUUUGACUCCCAGUGAUGCUGAGAAUGCGGGUGAUGUAGUCACAGAUUAUGAACUGAUGGUGGCUACACCGUCUGGAUCUGUGGUCGAGUGUAGCAAGGUAGUUCGUGACUUCCCGGUUGAAAUUCGAGGAAAGGAAAGGAUCCGUGUGGCGCAGAAGGAGGAUCCUGAGUUGGUUGAGGUUAUGGAAGGAGUUCAGAAGGGGUUAAAGCCGAAUUUCAGCAUCUCUGGUGAUGGGAUAUUGAGAUUUCACGGCAAGGUUCGUGUAUCGAAUGAUGCCAUGAUUAAACCGGUCAUUCUAGAGGAGGCACAUCGUUCACUUUACACUGUACAUGGGAUAUUGAUAAACGGGCAGUUCCCGGGGCCACAGAUUGAAUGCGUAACGAAUGAUAACUUGAUUAUCACUGUUGUCAAUUGUUUGGACGAACCUUUCCUCCUCUCUUGGAAUGGGAUACAGAACAGGAGGAACUCAUGGCAAGAUGGGGUGUACGGGACGAACUGCCCAAUCCCGCCGGGCCAGAAUUUGACAUACGUUCUGCAAGUGAAGGACCAAAUUGGCACCUACUUCUACUUCCCUUCCCUUGCACUCCACAAGCUCGCCGGAGGUAUUGGUUCCAUCAAAAUUGCCAGUCGCCCCCAAAUACCCAUCCCUUAUGGUACUCUCGCCGGAGAUUUCACCAUUCUCGCCGGCGACUGGUUCACCAAAUAUCACAAAGAUUUGAAGAAAAAUCUAGACAAUGGACAAAUGCUCCCUUUCCCUGAUGGGCUUCUGAUGAUUAAUGGAAUCGCAUCGAAUGGUUCGAUAUUCACAGUUGAUCCAGGAAAGACAUACAGGUUUCGGAUAUCGAAUGUGGGAUCUGCAAGUUCAAUAAAUUUCAGAAUACAGGGGCACAGCAUGCUGCUGGUGGAGGUGGAGGGAACCCACACCCUCCAAAACACUUACUCUUCUCUUGACGUCCAUGUGGGGCAGUCCUACUCUGUUUUGGUUACUGCCAACCAAAUAGCCCAAGAUUACUUCAUUGUUGCUUCUUCCCGUUUCACUCCCAAAGUGCUCACUGCAACCUGCAUUCUUCGCUACAGCAACUCUGCAAGACAUGUUUCUGGUCUUCCUCCUGUUGGGCCAACCUAUCAGAUUGAUUAUUCUCUUAAGCAAGCUAAAUCUAUCAGGACGAAUCUUACAGCAAGUGGGCCAAGACCCAAUCCCCAAGGCUCUUAUCAUUACGGAAUGAUCAAUGCUUCUCGUACAAUCUUCCUGGCCAACACUGCUCCAAUUUUCAAUGGGAAGCAGAGAUAUGCUGUGAAUAGUGUGUCCUUCAUCCCUGCCGACACGCCACUUAAAUUGGCUGACUGGUUCAACAUCUCUGGUGUUUUCAAACUUGGGAGCAUCCUGGACAAUCCCCCCAUCACUGGCUAUCCUACCAUCCAGACAUCAGUCAUGGAUGCCAAUUUUCGAGCUUUUGUCGAGAUUGUUUUCCAGAACAAUGAGGACACUCUACAAUCAUGGCACAUUGAUGGUUAUGCAUUCUUUGUUGUUGGGAUGGAAAAUGGGCAGUGGACUAAUCAGAGCAGACAAACUUACAAUUUAAGAGAUGCAGUUUCUCGUUGCACUACUCAGGUGUAUCCCAAAUCUUGGACUGCAAUAUACAUGGCUCUGGACAAUGUGGGAAUGUGGAACAUAAGGUCCGAGAACUGGGCACGCCAAUACUUGGGCGAGCAGUUCUAUCUACGGGUCUAUUCUCCUAAACUGUCUUGGAGAGAUGAAUAUCCCAUCCCAACGGGUGCUCGUCUCUGUGGUCGGGCAUUGGGCCAUAAGACCAGACCUUUAUGAACCCUUACCAUCGAUUAAUUAUCAUGAGGGAAUGCUAGAUGAAGAUGCUGAUAUGGAUUGAGUACUGGAUUUCUUUAAAAGAAAAAUAUAUUCAUUACUCGUGCAAGUUACUUGCAAAGUUCAACAACUCAUGUUGCAUUAUUUCUUGGAAAAUCCAAGUUGAUUUGGAAUUAAAUAAUCCAGUUUGUGUAACUCAACAUUCUUCCUUUUAUUUUCAGUGACUUUUUAACCUUUUCCCUUCAAUUAGACCAGUGGUAAUGUUGUCUUCAGACAGUAUUGUAUUGUUUUAUAUCUCCUAUAAUACUUGAAACUACGUGGUGCUAAA